AUGGGCGCAACACCUACGGGACUGCCAAAGGCAGUCGCUCUUCCCACCAGGCUCCUGAUUAGAGCAUCGCGGCCAUCGACUGGGAGCCGUUCCAGUAUUCCCUAUCAGCUUAAUAGUCGUUCUUUUUACGAUCACCGGUCCUCGUCGCCUACUGGCCGGUCUUACAAUGUGCCUGCCUCCUCAAAGAAGGGGCCGCUACGCUUCGCAAGCAGAGAAUUCCAUGCUUCUUCUGCGCACCAAGCUAUGAAAGACCCUUACAAAGUUCUCGGCGUCGACAAGAAUGCUUCCUCGUCUGAUAUCAAGAAAGCUUACUACGGAAUGGCCAAAAAAUACCAUCCCGAUACCAAUAAGGAACCGGGUGCUAAGGACAAAUUCGCGGAAGCACAAUCUGCCUACGAGCUAUUGUCUGACACGAAGAAGAGGGAAACGUACGAUCGAUAUGGUUCGGGGGCCUUCGAUCAGAAUGGAGGGUUUGAUCCAAACGCAGCGGCGGGUGGAAAUCCGUUCGCUGGAGCGGGAGGAUUUCAUGGAUUCGGCAGUGGUUUUGGCGGUGGAUUCUCUGCUGACAUCAAUUUUGAAGAUUUAUUUGGCGCCUUCACUGGAGGUGCGGGACGUGCAGGGAGAAGGCGCGCAUCACCACACGAAUCCAUCCUUGUGGGAGAGGAUAUCGAAGUUCAAACCAAUAUAUCUUUUAUGGAGGCAGCAAAAGGAGCAGCGAAGGAUAUCCAUAUCACGCCACUUGUGGGAUGUAAUACUUGUUCAGGGAGCGGGCUUAAGAAAGGCGCAAAACGAACGCAAUGCAAGUCAUGCAACGGCUCGGGCACUCGGGUUCAUUUCAUGCAAGGUGGUUUUCAGCUUGCCAGUACGUGCGAUGCUUGCAAUGGCUCUGGAAUGGUUACACCUCGGGGCUCCGACUGUGGCACGUGCAGUGGCCAGGGUGUAGUCAGAGAUCGAAGGACCGUUCACGUCGAUAUACCUGGAGGAGUGGAGGAUGGCAUGAGGAUUCGCGUUGCUGGAGAAGGUGAUUCUCCCCCAACAGGCGCUGCAGAUGCUGGCACUCGUACACAGCGGGGAGAUCUCUAUGUUUCGAUUCGUGUUGCACCAGAUCACCGGUUCAGCCGCUCGGGUUCUGACAUCCUCUACACUGCCUCGCUGCCACUGACUACUGCACUGCUGGGUGGAGAGGUGACGGUUCCGACACUAGACGGCGAAGUGAAAGUGAAGGUCGCCACUGGCACUGGUACCGGCGACCGCAUCACACUCUCGGGAAUGGGUAUGCGAAAGCUCGGUGGGCGAAGCCGUAACUUCAGCUCGACCGGCGACCUCCGCGUCGAGUUCAAAGUCCAGAUGCCGAAAUAUCUGAAUGCAAACCAACGGACUAUUCUUGAAGUGCUGGCCGAUGAAAUGGGUGACAAAUCUGCCAAACGUACGAUGAAUAUUGGCAAGGACAGCAACGAGCCUCCCAGCUCCGGCUCCACGGAGGAUUCAGCUAAGAACGAAGGCUUCCUCAAGUCCGCGUGGCAUCGUCUCACGAACCAGUCCAAGGCGGCGGAGACCCCCAAGAAGAGCUCCGACGCAUCGAAGAAAAAUAGCUCAAAGUCCGACGGCGAGGAGCCUAAGAAGGCUUCCGAGUCGGGCUGA